GACGCCACCUCUAUCAGACGAUCAGACACAGAUGCCAAUCUCGUCGCUGCAAAAUGCCACUGUCGUGGAACAGGCACUGACGCUGUAUACCCGGCUUGACCACCUCAGCGCUCCUCGUUUCGCGCACCGCAGACUGCAACUGCCUUGCAUUGUAUUUCCUAUCACAGAAGUCAGGCGAAGUCGUGGUCAAGACCAGGAGACAUGUUUCACUUAUUAUGUCAAAGCAAACGGGCUUAAAGACCUGGUGAUCACCACGGAAGCCAGACUGGGCCCAGGCCAGCAGACAUUCAUGCUCGUCCGUCCGUGGAAUCUUCAUGACCUCGGGCUGCCCGACUUUGCGGACGAUAGGACCAUGAAAACUUUGUCUAUGCCCUGGUCUAUGUCAGAUCAUUCGCUGUAUGGCUCUCCUGAAGCAUAUGCGCCAGCUGAUUUGGAGUCGCACGCGCGAGCGUCAAGGUUGAUCGCUCGCCUCGGACAGCGUUUUGGCGCACUUUUGCUAGCGCAGCAGCGUGUCGGGGAGUACAAGAGGAUUGCUUCGGAUCACAAUAUCAUCGCGCAAGUCAAGGACGUGACUUCUGUUCGUGACAUGAUGGACGUCAGGACGCUAGAGAUAUUGUAGACUCAUUCUUGUCGAAGGACGGAGAUCCCCUGACGCGUUUUCAUUCAUACCUUCACAGUACCUGUGUGAAACAAUAUCCC